CGUUAUCACUCUCUCUUCUUACUGUUGUAGCAAAUAUGGCGGCGUUCGUGAGAGGCAUGUUUUGGCAUAUUCUUGUAGCGGAACGAAGUAAUAUUCUGAAAAAAAGUAACGACUGUAUCGUAGAUUCAAAGAGAUACGUGCGAGCAUUGAAAAGGAGGCCCGUGAAGGUGUUGUAUCCUGAUAGUGAGACGACCUCUCCAACAUCGAAACAGAGGUCAGAUCAAAUAGUCAACAAGCAGUCUCAAAAAGUUGCGUCCAAAAUGAGGGAGUCCACUGUCAACGCCAUUUUAAAAAAUGAGACCACUAAUAAACGUGUUAGCAGCAUGUCAUGGAGUGCCAGAAAUGGCAAUGCAUCCACAACGUCGGAACAUACAACCAAUCUGAAGGACCAACUAGGUGGCCUCAAAUUCGAAAGGGCCUUACCUGGUGACAAAAGAUUGGCGAGGGUAGUGAGUGUGGCUUGCUCCAGGACGUUUCGGGAGCACCAGGGUAAGAUCCUGUUGGAGGGGAGACGCCUGAUCUGCGAUGCCCUGGCUGCUGGAGCCAACCCUCAGAUGGUGUUCUUCAGUUCUGUGGACAGACUGUGUGAUCUCCCCUUGGACAAACUGAAGCGGGCCACUCUGGUCAAAGUCAAGUUUGAGGACAUCAAGAUCUGGUCUGACCUUGUAGCUCCACAAGGAGUGAUAGCCAUAUUUUCUCGGCCAGACCCAUCCCGGCUGACAUUCCCUCAGGACCAGCGUGGUCAGUCUGUGCCGCUGUCCCUGAUCUGCGACAACGUGCGGGACCCUGGGAACCUGGGCACCAUCCUGCGCUGUGCUGUUGCUGCAGGCUGCCACAAUGUCCUGCUCACCAAGGGUUGUGUGGACGCUUGGGAACCUAAGGUGCUGCGAGCAGCGAUGGGUGCCCAUUUCCGCCUUCCCAUCUUCCCCAGCUUGGACUGGGACGACAUUCAAAACCAGCUGCCAAAGUUGGUGACUGUUCAUGUGGCAGAUAACUGCAGUGGCUCUGAGAGAGAAGUAGCUGAGGAAGCAAACCAGUCCAACAAACCUUCAAAGAUGGGGGAAUAUGGAUGGGUGAGUAGCAGGCCUAAUUGUAAAGACAUGCGCUAUAAGGAAUAUGAAUCAGAUUUCGACUAUAAGGAAUAUGAAUCAGAUUUCGACUCCGAACUGUCACUUCCAAGACUGGAGACCAAGUUGUACCAUGAGGGCUGGGCUCAGGGGAACACUGGUCUUGUGAUAGGUGGAGAGACCCAUGGACUAAGUCUAGAGGCUGUCCAAUUGGCUGAGAAAACUGCCGGUCAAAGACUGUUUAUCCCUGUGGUCCCUGGAGUGGACAGUCUCAACUCCGCCAUGGCAGCCAGCAUUCUCCUAUUUGAAGGCAGAAGGCAACUGUUGAACCUAAUGGAGACGUCUGGGAGGAAAGCUAAGUCUAAGGUGCAAUUUCCAUGAUCCAUCCAUUUGGAGUGUAAUGGACAUGUUAUUCCUGGUGUUGGUCACUUUUUCCAUGCAUACAUUCUUGGCUGCACCUCAUGUCAGACUGAAUCAUAUGGAUGGAUUUAAUUUCCAUAUUCAACUCUCAGCUAAUAAAUUAAGUAAAAUGAGUGACACAUUU